AUGACCUCACAAUCAGCCGCCGAGAGGAUUCCAUUCCGCGACAUCUCUCCCCACACGCCCAGUUCACCAACCUCAUUGCCACAAUGGCUCAAGCGAUCCCGUGGCCGAUCCGCCAUGUUCUCCAACGCGCGCCUCAAAUUCUUCGCAAUUGCAUUGACAUGCAUGAUGAUGGGAUGGACGGUUACUGCAAUGUUGGGACCUUCUUCUGAUGAGACGUUAUUGGAAAUUCCAGGGCUCGACAUGGCUUCAGGAGGAGUGCUAGAAGAUCCCACAGGCUUUGGACUGAAAUCAGCAGCCCCAAAGACGAAAUUGCAAGAAGGGAUCAUUGGCUCAAGUAUCCCGGAGGAUGAUUAUGGCCUCCUCUCCGAAGAAGAAUUCAUGCUCCGCAGCAAAGAGCCGACGGUGAAAGGUGCUCUAGCAGAACUUCAUCACGCGGUGAAGGACAAGGUCAAAUCUUGGAAUCCUUAUUUCGUUAAGCCUGAUCCUUCUGGUGUGCUGGACACCAACGGAACAGCAGUCAGCAGUGCUGCGAAACCCAUCAAUACCACGGUCGCUGCUCUUACAGGAGAAAGUGUGAAGGACGGCAUUAGCGAAGACGGCAUGCUAGGCGCCCGCACCCGAAUCGGGAAAUGUACGAUCCUGUUCAACGGCAACAGUUUCUGGGAACGAGCCAUCAGGACUCACGAGCGGCAUGAUCGCGAACACGGCUACCGUCUCCAUGUCCUCCGUCAACACCUCAUGGACGACGUCUGGUCCAAACCAGCUUACAUCCUCUCCCUCCUGCUGAGAGAACUCUCGAAGCCCGAAAGCGAGCGCCUAGAAUGGUUAUUCUGGGUAGACGCCGACACCAUCAUCUUGAACCCGUACAUCCCAAUCGAAGUUUUCCUCCCACCACCGGGAAGUGAAUUCGAAGAUAUCCAUCUCAUGUACUCCAACGACUGGAAUGGCCUCAACAACGGCGUCUUCCCAGUCCGAGUGAAUCAAUGGUCCGUCCACCUCUUCUCGGCAAUCACAUCUUUCCGACACUACCGUCCAACCGAUGAAUUGCAAUUCCGAGACCAAUCCGCCAUGGACAUUCUCAUGAAAGAACCUCGGUUUGUCGACAACAUCGUUCAAACGCCUCAGCGGUGGUUUAAUGCUUAUCAAGGAGAACACAAUGAAACACUCGCACCUUUCCAAAUUCGAAGGGGAGAUUUCUUGGUACAUUUUGCCGGAGUGCCGGAUCGGGAGACAAGGAUGGGUUAUUGGUUGAAUCGUGCAGAACAGCAUCUUGAUGAUUGGGAAGUUCCGGUCAAGUCUACGAGCUACGGGCAAGAAGUCAAGGAUUUUUGGGCUGAGCAAGCUGGAGCUAGGAGGGCCAAGAAGGAAGCUAUGGCUGACAUGCGACUGAAAGCCAAGGAAGCGAURGAGAAAGUUGAAACCGAGCUGAAAGAUUAUGGAGAUCGACUGAGUGAGGAGCAGAAAUUGGAAGUGGAAAAGACGAGGGAUGAAUUGAAGACUCUGCUAGAUAACGAGAUGGUUCCAGCGGGGUUGGAGAAACUUGAAGAGACGGUCAAGAAGUUGGAGGAAGCUGCCAAGCCUCUAAGGGGGGCUAUCGGCGAUGCGCAGAAGAUGUUGUUGACUGCAGCGCAUGAAGCGAUCAUCUCGGGGGAGAGGGAUCUUCUGUUGGGAGGCUUUGGAGAGGGAGUGUCGACUUUGGAGAUGAUAAGGGUUUCGGAUUCGGUCCGGGCGUUGAAGGAGUUGGUCAUGACGCCGCAGGAGGAUUGGAACCGGCAUGAGAUUUCAUUGGCGACGAAUGCUGUUACCUUGGCCAGGGCGAGGCUGCAAGAGAAGACGGUAGCGAUGAUGACGGAGACGCAGAAGGCGAAGAGUGCUGGAAGAGUGCAGGCCGGGUUGUUGAGGAAUGGGUCGUUGCCGUUGAGUGAGAUUGAUGGCGCGCAGCUGUCAACCAACAGUGAAGCGGUCAUGUCAACUCCAACUCCAACGCCCAAGAUCGCGCUUGAAGCAGAAGCGCUGUCUGCGUCCGGAGUGGAAGAGCCAGCCACGAUCGAAACGGAAGUCGAAGCGGGAAUUCUUCCCGAAGUUUCAGCGGAGGAAACAUGGGACCUACCUGAUAUCAGCGACGGCCUUGCUAGCUAG